CAACAUAAUAUAGUUUAUUUUUUGUUAUCUGUAAUUUUUCUAUGUUGUAUAAUUUAUUUGUCUAUGGUUUUUCACUUCCUUCCGUUUUCCAUUCGUGCUUGUAAAAGUGUGCUCAAAUAAAGUGGUUAGUGGUGUGUUAAUAUCUAAAAAAUAAGUGUUUUCUUUUACGCCUGACCUCAUCUGCAAACAAUUAAAUACAGUCCACGCUCUACCACUGGAAUAAACGUGUGUGUUGGGUAUUUACACUAGUGCCCUACAUAAUGGUCCUUCUAUGAUGCGCCAUCGCCUUGUCUGCACGUGCCGUCUACGUUAAAGAAUUCUCCCGCGAGCCGUCUUCGCCUUUAAGAAUUCUCCCGAGAGGGCAGCAAGAAACUACAACGCAGAACCCAGGACGCAGAGGUAUCCGUAGAAAGAAAAAGCAUCAACAUCAAGUUAGUUACCAACUCAUCUUUAUUACAUACGCCCGCCAUCUUUAUUACGAAGCCCUCACAAAGUCUUCAAUAUACUACCAAAGACAAAGAGGAAGGAGCACAUCAAUCAAACAAACAAGCGAAGACGGACCGGAAAGAGCGAGUCGAUAAACACAAUAGCUGUCUGUCAAUGUCAACUGCGAUUCACUUCCUUCAGUUGGCACCACAGCAUACGAGCGCCGAAACCGACGAAUCACGUACGAGUGCAAUCAACCAGUAGCCAAUCACUGCGCGCCUCACCGUAGCAACUAGCAAACGACGCGGUCGCCGACAACGUUCGUACUGCGCGUAAGCAAGCAUCAAGCGUCAUUUAACUCCACCAUUUUGAUUUUAGUAUUAAUUAAUUGUAACAAAAUACACAUAGUUUUAAGUAUUUUUUCGGUUCAAGUGUUAACUAACAUUAGGAAAGCUAGCAAUAUAUUGCCCUAUUAGUGAACAUGGCCGACACAAAAGUUAAUAUUGCAAAAAGGGGUUAUGCAAAGAUGUCUAUUACUAAAAUUCAUAAUGCACUAUUAUCAGGUGAGUUGCAAUCACGUUCGCUAGAACGACUUAUAGUUGUAAGAGAUAGGGUCGUCAGCGUUUUUCAAGAAUAUAGCGAUGCUUGUAUCCAAAUAUGUGCACAAAAUCCUGAAGAUCCGGAGGAUUUUAGUAAAAUCGAAGAAAUAUACUUCGACAUUCUCUCUAAUAUCGAUAAGACAAUCAAAAAACACAAUUUGAACACUAAAAAUGAGACGCUUAACGACUCAGAUUGUAAGCAAACUUCGAGCAUUAGGUCAAAGCUUCAAUUACCUAACAUAGUCAUGUCAACAUUCACUGGCAAAUAUACAGAGUAUUACUCGUUUAUAAACCUUUUCAGCGCAAUGAUUGACAAAGAUGAGUCUCUCUCACCUGUUCAAAAGCUAUAUUAUCUUAAAGGUUUUCUAAGUGACGAGCCAGCAGCUUUAAUUAAAAACCUCCCAUUAGAGGACGAUAGUUAUGCUGAAGCAAUAAAAUUACUUAAAGAGAGAUAUGAUAUUAAAACUAAAAUCAUACACGAACACAUACAUACACUGUUAGAUUUGCAACCCAUUACUCGUUCUACUCCUAACACAAUCCGUAAACUAAUUUCAGACGUUAAACAGACACUCGCAGCUUUAAAAAACCUCGAGGAGCCUGUCGACAGCUGCAGCAGCUUGCUUGUGUGUGUGCUAGUGAGGAAGUUAGACAACCUUACACGCUCUGCAUUCCAGAUGGAGAGAGACAACAAGUGUUUACCCACAGUAGGGGAGCUUUUAGGUUACCUGGAACGUCGAGCAUUGUCAUUGGAAAACGACUCCGUUCCCAACAAGCAACCUCAACCCCAACGGUUGACUAGUAUUGCAGUAACUGCACCUGCUUCUACCUCCUGCACCUAUUGCCCUGUUGCCACUCCAUGAGUCAAUAAGUAACGAGGGUCCUGCAAAAACAGGCACAACAUUCUCCGAGCAACCAUCUAUAAUUCACACAUCAUUUGGGCACAUAGUAGCGGGACGCAGUGCCUAUGACACUGCCAACAGUAAGCAGGUUAUAUCUUUAUUUUGUCAGGAGUGUGAUAGCAAUUUAAAUGAGUCAUUGAGUGCAUUUUGGGAAACUGAGCGAGUGUCUGAAAUCUUCCCCGAGCAAUUACCUGAACAAGAGUAUUGUGAAAAGUUUUUUAAUGAGACUACAAAGCUUGACAAUAAUACAUUUCAAGUUUCGAUGCCUAUUAAAGUCCCGUUACAUCAAAUAAACUUAGAACUGGGAGAAUCAUUUCACUUAGCCUAUAAACGAUUUCUUAAUUUGGAAAAGAAAUUACAUAAAAACACAAACCUUUUCCACGAAUACAAAAAGUUUAUCGAUGAAUAUAUUGAAUUAAAUCAUGGUGAGUACAUUAAUAUAAAUAGCUAUAAUUUAUCGAAAGAUCCUAUUUACUUUCUCCCUCACCAUGCUGUAAUUAAAGAGAAUGCUCGUUCUACAAAAUUAAGAGCAGUAUUCGACGGCUCAAUGCGUACGAACAAAAGAAUUUCAUUGAACGAUCUGUUACUCAAUGGCCCUGUAGUACAGAAAGAUUUAUUAGAAACACUUAUAGCUUUCAGAUUAGGAAC